GGGCAACGCCCCUUCCGCGGGUCACCUGUCAUGCGCAGUUCAGGAAUUUAUGACGUCACCAGAAUCCCCUCACAGAGGUCAUCUCGUACGGCCCUGUUGCGCUACCUGCACUAACCUCCAAGAAAUCUUGUCUUUACACCGCUUUAAGACUCUUUUCUGAAGGUUGCCGAGAGGACGGUGAAAGUGAAGCUGCCCUCCCCCUUUGAGAGUCCGGUUUUCAAGAAAAAUAACAUAUUCCCUUGAGGAAUAUUCGACGAGUGAAAGUUUCCACAGCACGUGGUGUGCCAAACACACACAUCUAAGACAUUAUGUACACCUUAAGGACGUUUUGGACUAGUGGGCCCAAGUUGGCCCGCGGUGUACUUAGCCAAGGUGUGCCGGCGGCGCUGAGAGGUACCCCCGCCCAGCCUGCCCGGCUCCUGACCACCUCAGUACAACAGGAAUCGUUCCUGAACGGGAGCAGCUCUAACUAUGUGGAGGAGAUGUACUUAGCCUGGCUGGAUAACCCCAAGAGUGUUCACAAGUCCUGGGAUGUGUUCUUCCGGAACGCACAACGUGGCGCCGCGCCCGGAGAGGCGUACCAGUCCCCGCCCCCCAUGGCGGCCAUGAUGCCCGUGCAGCCGGUGGCGUGGCCCAUGAUGCCGCUACCUGCGGCGCCCGCCGUGACCUCGGAACAGAUAAGCGGGAAGGUCAUCGAUGACCACCUCGCUGUUCAGGCCAUCAUCAGGUCAUAUCAGGAUCCCAGUGUAGGACAGGAGUUAGGCAGCAGUGAUGAGAUGAGGACCAGGAUAGAAACAGUUGUACCUCACCAGAGAAUGCAUGCCAUGAUUAGGGCCUACCAGAUCCGUGGUCACCAAUGUGCCAAGCUGGAUCCCCUGGGUAUCAUGGAGGCAGACCUGGACACCUCUACCCCGCGGGAACUCACGCUGCCGUACUAUCGCUUCAGCGAGGAGGACCUGGAUCGCACGUUUGUGUUACCCCAAACUACCUUCAUCGGAGGUGGCAAUACCUCCCUCCCUCUGAGAGACAUCAUACAGAGAUUAGAGGAAACGUACUGCCAAACCAUCGGCCUGGAGUACAUGCACAUCAACGACCGGGAAAAGUGUGACUGGAUCCGGCAGAAGUUUGAGAUCCCAGGGAUCAUGUCCAUGUCCAACGAGACCAAGAGACUGACGCUGGCGCGCCUGGUCAGAUCAACAAGAUUUGAACAGUUCCUGGCCACCAAGUACCCUGCCGAGAAGCGGUUUGGGCUGGAGGGCUGCGAGGUUCUCAUCCCCGCCCUGAAGACCAUCAUCGAUCGCUGCACGGAACAGGGCGCCGAGAGCUUCGUCAUGGGCAUGCCACAUAGAGGACGUCUCAAUGUUCUCGCCAAUGUUGUUCGUAAAGACUUGGACCAGAUCUUGUGUCAGUUUGAUUCCAGUCUGGAGGCCGAUGACGAGGGUUCUGGUGACGUGAAGUACCACCUGGGCUGCUCCCACAUGCGACUGAACCGCACCACCAACAAGUCCAUCAAACUGGCGCUGGUGGCCAACCCCUCCCAUCUGGAGGCCGUUGACCCCGUGGUGCAGGGAAAGACACGGGCGGAGCAGUACUACAGGGGGGACAUUGAGGGCAAGAAGGUGAUGAGUAUUCUGAUGCAUGGAGAUGCGGCGUUUGCUGGGCAGGGAGUUGUGUUCGAGACCUUCCAUCUGAGCGAUCUUCCCGCGUACACCACCCACGGAACCAUUCACGUGGUGGUCAACAACCAGAUCGGUUUCACCACCGAUCCUCGCUUCUCGCGCUCGUCGACAUACUGCACAGAUGUGGCGAAGGUGGUGGAAGCGCCCAUUUUCCACGUCAACGCGGACGACCCGGAGGCAGUGGCCCACGUCUGUAACGUCGCAGCUGAUUGGAGGUCUGAGUUUGAGAAGGAUGUGGUGAUAGACCUGGUAUGUUACCGGCGCGGCGGGCACAAUGAGAUGGAUGAGCCCAUGUUCACCCAGCCACUGAUGUACAAGCAGAUCGGGAAGCAGCCCACCGUGCUGAGACAGUACGCUGAGAAGCUCAUCUCAGAGGGCGUGGUCACACAGGAAGAGUAUGAGGAGGAAGUUUCCAAGUAUGACAAGAUUUGUGAGGAGGCGUAUCAGCAGGCCAGGGAGGAGAAGAUUCUGUCAAUCAAACACUGGCUGGACUCACCAUGGACAGAUUUCUUCAAGGACAAGACACGUGACUCGAUGAUGGUGUGCGAGUCGACAGGAGUGGGCGAGGACAUCCUGACCCACGUGGGGACGUUCAUGGGCAGCCCUCCCCCCGACCCCAAGUUCACCAUCCACGGGGGCGUGAAGCGCAUCCUGCGUCAGCGCGCCACCAUGGUGAAGGAGCGCUGGGUGGACUGGGCGAUGGCGGAGGCCAUGGCAUUCGGCUCCCUCAUGCACUCCGGCUUCCACGUCAGACUGAGCGGACAGGAUGUGGAGAGAGGCACCUUCAGCCAGCGCCAUCACGUGCUGCACGACCAGAACCGUGACAAGGUGUUCUGGACCCCGCUGGACAACCUGUGGCCAGACCAGGCACCGUACACCGUCUGUAACAGCUCGCUAUCCGAGUAUGCUGUCAUGGGCUUUGAGUUGGGAUACAGCAUGAGUAACCCCAAUGCCCUAGUCCUGUGGGAGGCUCAGUUUGGGGACUUCUCCAACACUGCCCAGUGCAUCAUCGACCAGUUCAUCAGCAGUGGGCAGGCCAAGUGGGUCCGGCAGACUGGCAUCACCCUGCUCCUACCCCAUGGGUAUGAGGGAAUGGGCCCUGAACACUCCAGUGCCCGUAUGGAGCGCUUCCUGCAGAUGAGUACAGAAGAUCCAGAUCUUUACCCGGAAAUCGAUGAGCGGUUUGAGAUCCGUCAGCUGUUUGACCACAACUGGAUCGUCGCUAACUGCACCACUCCGGCCAACUACUUCCACCUGCUGCGCCGACAGGUGCUGCUGCCCUUCAGGAAGCCUCUGGUUGUGAUGACGCCAAAGAGCCUGCUGCGACAUCCGGAGGCGCGCUCGUCGUUUGACGACAUGCUUCCCGGCACCACGUUCCAGCGUCUGAUCCCGGACUUGGGCCCGGCUGGGCAGAACCACGAGCAGGUGCAGCGCCUCAUCUUCUGCACAGGGAAAGUCUACUACGACCUGACCAAGGAGAGGAAGGCUCGUGAUCUGGAUGACAAAAUUGCGAUUGUUCGCAUUGAGCAGAUCUCUCCCUUCCCAUUUGACAUGGUGAAGCAGCAGUGUGACCUGUACCCCAACGCUGACCUGGUGUGGGCUCAGGAGGAGCACAAGAACAUGGGUGCCUGGAACUACAUCCAGCCUCGCAUCCGCACCACUGUGAACAGGGAGCGCCACGUCAGAUACUGUGGCCGACAUGGUGCAGCGGCGUCCGCAGCUGGAAACAAGUUCAAACAUACCAAUGAGCAGAACAAUUUUGUCAACCAAGCCACCGACCUCGCCUGGAAAGAACCGGUCUGGGUCGGACCCACCUCAGAAUGAACAUUACAUACUCUUGUCCCAGACCAUUCUUAGUGUAGUUUCCGACUGAUUUUUGUAUGACUAGUUUAUAGACAUAUAUAGACAUAAAGAAACAGCAGGUUUGUAAUCUGUAAGGCAGGUACUCAGUUUUUAAUCCCAGGUUGCCAGGUAAAUCUCAAUGCUCUUUCAAGUGUGCUAUUUUGAAGUGAACUUUUGCCAUUUGGUGCAUCUUUGGUAUGAUAUUUUGACCACAUUUACUGCUGUUUUGUUUCUCAGCAGAAUGCACAAUAGAUGGGGAAAAUGUAGCACAAAGUACAAACUAAUUACAAAUGAUGGUUUCUCUGAGAAUACAUAAAAAUAUUAAAAUAGUUGACCAUUGUAUCUGGUGUACUAGGAGGGACACUUGUAACAAACAGCUUGGAUGAUGAAGGUUUCUCCUGUGCUUUCAAUAUUGGAAUGUUUCACAGUAAAAACUAAAAGGGAGCAAGGAAGGGACAGUCUAUAAAUGACAAAUGCACUAUGUAAAAUAGGUACAUUGCCUUGUUGCGAUGUGAAAUGAUAUGAAGGCUAUAUACAAGUUUUAUUACAAGAUAGGACAAACCACACAAACUUGCCACGACGUAUAGCAGUCACGUACUUUUACUUUUGCUUGUACAGAAAUAAAGACACCUAAUACGGACAAAAUGAUAGAUAGCAAAUUAAGGUAAGGGGGGUCCAAUUCCGAAAAGUGUGGAUGCAGUUCUUGGUUAAUCUUGUUGAAUUUUGUUGAUAUUGAGUCUGCAUGUUUGGAAUUUGUUGUUGAACAUUUCAGUAAGUUGGUUUUAUCUUAAACUUGUGUUCUUUUGUACAAAGUAUAAACUGUGUAUAAAAGUAUUGUAGUCCCACAGUAGAAAAGUUGCCGGAUGCUAAAGACACACAGAAAUUUACUUUAUGCAGAUUGCAUGAAAAUAAUUCUUGCUUCACCAACCACAGUCUUAAGACAAUGACUGCAUAUUUAUGACUUAGAAAUAAACCAUUGGUAAGUUCAGUGGUGAACCUUACUGCAUUGUGGGGCUUGAAAUUGUAGUAAUAUAUCGGGAAUGGUCUGGACUUUUCCAUUGUAUGUUGCUUUAAAGAAGAGAGAGACUUUGAUUAAAGAUUAUUGUAAUAUUU